AUGCAUACUCAGGAACCGUCAGACGAACCAACCACCAUGUCGGAAGAAAAGUCAACAGAAAUUGAAGUUCCGUCCUGGCUCAACAAGGAGUUGAUACAACAGGCGAUACGCAACAGCGGGCAGGAAUCGCUUCGGUUAGAGAAAAUGGCGGUGCAGAGAGGGUCAGCACCUGGGGACAACUACGCUAGCAUCAUCUACCGGGUGAAGGCAACACUAUCUGAUGGCAGCGAACGCUCUCUGCUGGUCAAGGGCCCACCUGCUGGUGAGCUCAUGGCUUCUGAAAUGGCGGAAAGUGGGCUGUUCGCCAUUGAGACAAACAUGCUGGCGAAUAUUGUUCCCCGCAUUGAGGGCGUGCUGGAGGAGGUGGCACCCGGACGGUACGGGGCCUUCGCCGCGCGCUGCCCGCUGGGGGGCACCGCCCCCGUGCACCAUCUCUCACUUCUCUGGAUGGCGCUGCGCGCCCUUCCGCUUCCACGCCGCGUCGCCACGCACUUCUCGCAGCGCAGCCCGAACUGGCCGCUGAUUCUUCGGGAACCCCUGGGAGAUGGCGCGCCGGCGGCCAGCUCGCCCUUCGUGGAGGCGGGGCUGCAGUCCGCGGCGGACGCAUGCAGGCUCUGGCCCGGCUUCGAGGCGUACGCCGAUGCGCUCGAGAAAUAUAAGAAUCCUGAACAAAUAAAAAAACUUGUGGACAUGUUUGAUACCAAAAAUGACGGUUUCAAUGUAGUCGUUCAUGGUGAUUUUUGGACUAACAACAUGAUGUUUCGGUAUGAGGAUGGGAUUCCUGUCGACAUUCGAUUUGUAGAUUACCAGAUCUCCAACGUGUGCUCACCCGCAAUCGACAUCCUCUAUUUCCUCAAUACAAGUCUCAGCGACAACGUUUCGGAACACCACCAAGAUCUCCUGAUUCGCGAAUACCACGCCGAGUUCCAGGAAGUCAUGGGUCUUCUAGGAUUGAAGGCCCCGUCGCUGCAAGAGCUGCUGGCGGACCUGGACCGCCACGGGCUGUACGCCGUGUACAGCUCCACAUGCGUGACUCCGAUCGUGCGGGCGACUCAGCAAAUGGACAUCGAGGCGCGCCUGGCCGGCGACCAGCUCUCCGGGGCGCAAGCCUACCAACAGCCGGCCAUGCGAAGGUGGUUCCAGCGCGUCCUCCCGGAGUACAACCGGAAAGGCUGGCUCUAGGCGCCAGUCGCCCCCCCCCUCUAUGCCACCCCCGUUCCCGGAGUUCUAAUGCGGUGUCCAUGGCGGAAAGAUACGGGUGAGCUAUUGAGCAUCGUGUCCGACUUCAGCCAAUGAGCUUCAGGCAUCAAUGUACGUCACAAUAUUAGCCGGAUUUAUAAAUGUAGCCGAAUUCGAAAAUAAGCUUCCUGUGACAAGUCAUUGAAACAGGUACACGAAGCAUUUCUUUUGGUUAUUGCAUCUAGUACACCUUUAUUGUGUUAUUGUUGGUUGGUCACUGUUGAAAGAUGUCACUUUAUGCCACUUGCGAAGCCACUUUAUGUCACACGAAGUGCCCGAGUUGUGGUCACGUGGUCCGUGACGUAAACUGAUGCUGCGCAGAACGAGCAAAUAUUGGUGCGCCGUACAAGCUCGCCCGUCUCUUUCCGUUAUGGCAGCAUCGGCUGUAAACAUCGUUGAUACCGAAAACAUGUAACAUACGAAUUAACUUCAAUGAUUUGGAACAUGUGCAUUAUGGAAUAUAUACUUAAUAUGUGUAUAAUACAUUAUAUAUUUGGCAUUAUAUAUCCGGAACACACCGUUCCUAGAUGCCAACGUUUUGGUCGUUAUGCUGCCGAAUUUUCCCUGAAGAAGGUCGCAGUUUGACUGCUGAAACGUUGCCAUCUGUGCUUAGGAAUCAGCGUCUGCCGGACAGUCAAAUAAAUAUUGACAUUCGACACGGAAGCCUCCAUCUUUGACUUCAAAUUGUUUGUACGGUGGUGAUACAAGUACUUGUUACGAAAGAAAUUGGGUGAUGUUAUAUCGUUGCGUAAAUACGGCAAUUAUUUCAGUAAUUGUUUAAAAGGCGUAAAUUAAUUAUUUUAGGCAUGGAAGUAAUUUCAUUUCCCAUGUAAUAAAUACCUACAAUAUUUUUUAUCUUGUCCUAAUUGUAUAUUAUGAUUGUCUGAUAUUGACUCUUUAAAAAGGCGUUAUAUAAACGAUAAAUAAAAAUAUACCAUUAUUAUUGAGAAAGUAUGUUAUUUUAACAAUUUAUUAAAUAAUUACCUAUUUAAAAACGUCGUAAUAUUGCCUCAUUGUUAUCACGUCUCUCAAAGUAUGAGUGCAACUUCUCGAUAAAAACAUGAAUAUUAUACUGUUUCAACGAUAAAAAUCAAUAGCUCUCAUUAAUACCCACAAUCCAAUAUCACAUUCAUUUUUAAAGCCGCAUACAGGUUAUGCUACUCUCCAAAAUAGCUACACUAGCGCCGCGCGGCGGCCAUUCCGUGAAUCACUUUGAAGCACGCACACUAGCAUUUCUACAUGCCCUAAGAAUACUGUUUGUAUUUGAUCUAUAAUAAAUACGAUGCUGUCUGCAGAUCAUACACAAAAUAUUACAAGGAAAUAAGCAAUAACGAAACUGAAGAAUAGCAAUAAAAAAUUGAAAUAUACGAAAAAUCUAUUUUUAAAAUGUAAUAUUUUCUACGUUGGUUUCUAGUUUAAUUAAAAAAUAUGUAAAAUCUCCAGAAGUAUUAAACAUUUCAUUACAAAAAUCAUGGAGAACAGUAAACAUUGCAUGGUAGUUGAUUUUUGAUGAUUGUUUUUAUAUUCUUAUUUUUGAUUUAUAAUUUUAAUACUUUUGUGAAAAAUAAUAUCAUUUGGGUAUCUGGAAAAAUGUUGAGAUUAUCGAUAUUAAUUUUUAAGAUUUUGAAAAAUGUAUAUUCUUUAUUUUAAUAAAGUGGUCCUUUUUUGGAACUGAA